GUUUAGCUCAGCCUACAUGAAAAACAGAAACGUGAACGUGUUCGCGUCUAGAAAUCCAACAAAGCUAAAGUUUUCACAGCAUCAUAUUUAGUUUCAGCUGAUUACUGGAUUUUUUAUAUGCACAGCUUAUCAAGAUGCUAAGAUGAGUCAGUGGGGUGAAUUGUGGUGAAACUCAUUUACAGAAAGCUAAGAUAGAGUGCAUUGUUAUGGAGGAAGAACCAGAAGCACACGACACCAAGGCAGUGGAUGCUAAAGAAGAGCUUUCCUCAGCUUCUGAACAUUCGUCUCCACAGCGGGAGAUUUCAUCCAGUAAUGCUGAAGAGGCUGAGGUGGGUUUUAGCGCCUCCUGCCUGACCACAGCAGAACUGCAGCAGCACUGGAGAGCCGUUAAGCAGGAGUUCAGAAGCGUUAAACUGCUGUUUGACAUCCCCGCCGCGCGAAUCAUCGACCAAACAAUCACAAAAUAUGUGGUGUACCAGGUUGUGGUGAUCCGCUCAGGCAGUUACGACUGUGAGCGUGUAGCUAUCGAGCGACGCUACUCAGACUUCCUCCACCUUCAUCAGGAGCUCCUGCUGGACUUCAGCGAGGAAAUGGAGGACAUUGUGAUGCCCAGGAAGAAAAUUAGGGGCAACUUCUCAGAGGAGAACAUCGCCGAGCGGCGCGUAGCCCUCAGAGACUAUCUUACUCAGCUCUACUCCCUCCGUUUUGUCCGAAAAUCACAAGCGUUCCUAGCGUUCUUCACUCAUAAGGAAUUAAAAGCUGCAUAUGACCUCCUGCGUGGGGGGCGCUUUUCCCGGGCCCUUGAGGGCCUCCAGAAGGUGUUGGUACUUCAGGAAAAAUUGUCUUCUCACAACCCUACUUUGGUGGUACCAACCCUGUGUGCCAUACUGGUGUGCCAGAGGGAUCUAGAAGACUUUGACGCAGCUUUUCAAACUGGCAGAAGAGCUCUGCCCACGGUAAGACGCUACGAGGUCCGGCAGUAUCAAGGGCCCCUGCUGGAGGCUCUUGUUGAUUUGGGUUACAGUCUUGGGCUGUCUGUGGCCCAGUUACAGGAUGAGCUGACCAGAAUGCAAGAUUCGCCAAAUGGGCAGGUGUCAGAGAUGUCCCUUAAAGAACUGGUGGUACAAGAGUUUGUAUAAUCAGAGACAACAGCUAUUUAGUUGUUAACUAUAAUCAUUGUUUGAUCAAUCCAAAAUAUCAAACUUCAGUUGUUCUAUGUGAUGGGACUAAUGGUUCUCACCUGAAAGAAAAUGCAAACAAAUGAAAAUCCUCACAGAUUUACCUUACAGAGCUCAGAAUUUCACAGAGAGUUGGUGUGGGAUCUUUUGACUUGGACCAGAAAGAAAGUAGGCUACUAUGAUCACUAAAACUAAAUUGAAAUAAAGAUAAAUUGGAAAAUAGAAAUAUAUAUAUUAAAAAAUAAUAAUAAUGAAAAAGACAAAAGCACAUAAAAUUACUCAAACAAACUAAAAUUAAAAUUAAAACUAAAAAUAUAUAUAAAAAAUAAUAUUAUUAAAAUAAUAAUAUAAACAAACAAUAUAAAAAUACAUAAAAUAACAAUGUUUCAAGCAGACUUAGCAGUUUUCACACCAAAUGCUCUUAUAUGGAAACUUUGAACCACAGAGAUUCUCAGAAUUCUUAAAAAUGUAAUUCCCUGAUGCUCUUUGUUAUUGUUAUUGUGAUAUAUUUACACUUUUGCAGAACACAGCAUCCUACAAACUCACACUGAGUGAAUUGGUAUGAUUCUCACUUUGGGAAUGAAAAAUCCUGGAGUUCAAAUCCCGGACGAGCCCCCAAAUAAUGAUUUGUCCAUCAAUAUCAAUAUAUAUUCAAUUCAGUUCAAUUCAAGUUUAUUUGUAUAGCACUUUUUACAAUACAAAUCAUUACAA